UUGAUAGAUCCAGCCCGCACUCUCUUCGCGAUAUCGUCCAAGUCGGGAACCACUACCGAGCCGCUGACUUUCUACGCCUACUUCCGCGAUCUGGUGGAAGCGGCGCUGGGCGUAGAGGCCGCCGGUGACAGCUUUAUCGCCGUCACCGAUCCGGACACCCCGUUGGCCAUAAAGGCGAUUGAGGACAAUUUCCGUCGCGCGUUUUUGAACAACCCGGACAUCGGCGGCCGCUAUUCGGUGCUCUCCUACUUCGGCCUGGCGCCAGCCGCGCUGACCGGGGUUGACCUGGACCGGCUCCUGGCAUCGGCGGAGCGGAUGCAAACGCGGUGCCUGGCCGACGGACCGGCAUCCGCAAAUCCGGGCGGAUGGCUGGGAGCGACGAUCGGCACAAUGGUCAAGCAAGGGCGGGACAAGCUCACGCUGAUCUCCACGGACAGCAUCGCGCCAUUCGGCCUAUGGGUAGAGCAACUUCUCGCGGAAAGCACCGGGAAGGACAACACCGGAGUGAUCCCCGUCGCAGCGGAGCCGCCGCCCGAUCCCGGCGCAAACUGCUACGGAGAUGACCGUUUCUUCGUGCAACUGCGACUGGCCAACGACGAUAACAACGUGCCUGAUGGAUUGGUGGGGCAAUUGAUGGCGGCGGGCCAUCCGGUUGCCGUUCUCGAGUUGGCGGACGAAUACGAUUUGGGAGCAGAGUUCUACCGUUGGGAGUAUGCGACCGCGGUUGCGGGGCACGUCCUGGGGAUCCACCCCUUCGAUCAACCCGACGUGCAAGGGGCCAAGGACCGCACCAUCAACGUGCUGGAACAGUGGCGGCGGGACGGACGGCAGCCGGCUGCCCGGUCGGACGACACCGCCAACCUGGCAAAACUGCUGGAAGCAAGCGGAUCCGGCGACUACCUGGCGAUUAUGGCGUAUCUACCGGAUACGGACAGGAUACGCGAAGCCGUGAACGAUUUGCGCCGUCGGGUCAUGUCCAAAUACCAGAUUGCCACCACGAUGGGAUACGGUCCGCGUUUCCUGCACUCGACGGGGCAGUUGCACAAGGGGGGCCCGGCCUCGGGCAUUUUCUUGCAACUCACCCAAGACCACCAGUCGGACAUCGCGAUACCCGGGUGGAAUUUCAGCUUUGGUGUAUUAGCCGACGCGCAGGCCCUGGGCGACCUGCAGGCCCUGGAGGAUCUCGGCGGUCGCACGGCGUCGUUGCACCUGGGCAGCGACCCGGCAGGCGGAAUCAAACGGCUCACCGACGCUCUCUGA